GUUCGUCUGCUAACGUAUCAAGUGGUGGUGGUCGCUGCAGAACCAGCAAUAUGCUCGUCACAAUCACACUAAUCGUUUCGGCACUUGCGGCCAUAUAUCUGUAUCUGACUUGGAACUACAAUUACUGGAGGAAACAAGAUGUGCCUGGUCCAAGUCCAAAGCCGUUGCUCGGCAAUUUCCCUUCGUUUGUCCUAAUGAAGCGGCAUGUGGCGUAUGAAAUGGACGAAAUAUACAGAGAAUACAAAACCAAAUUUAACUUCUCUGGCGUAUUCAGUAUUCGAUCGCCAAGAAUAAUGAUCACGUCAUCUACGUUGGCCAAAGACAUUCUACUGAAAAAUUUCAAAAACUUCCACGAUAAUGAAUUCGGUGAAGUUACGAAUAAAGACAUAGAUCCACUGUUUGGUCGGAACCCAUUUAUGUUGAAUGGUGAGGAAUGGAAAACGAAACGAGCUGAGAUCACACCGGCGUUUACCGCAUCGCGUAUGAAGGCACUUUUCCCCCUUAUAGAGGAUGUGAGCUCAAGAAUGAGCAAAUAUGUCGAACAGCACCGUGGAUCUUCACUGGAAGCUAAAGAGUUAGCGGCUAAAUUUACAACUGAUGUUGUUUCGAGCUGUGUUUUUUCUUGCGACGCACAGUCAUUUACCAGCGAAAAACCUGAAAUUCGAGAGCAGGGACGUAAGCUUAUGGAGAGUUCGUUCUCUUCAAUGAUAACGAUGAUGUUCAUAAUGGCGUUCCCUUCGUUGGCGAAACGUUUUGGUAUUGGUAUGGUACGAAAACCACUGGAGAAAUUUUUCACCGAUUUGAUGAAACAAGCCAUCACUCAUCGUGAUAAUAGCACUGAAAAACGGGCUGACUAUCUGGACUAUCUUAUCAGCUUGCGAAAUAAGAAAGAAAUAUCUGAACUAGAUAUGGCUGCCCACGGAGUAACGUUCUUUAUCGAUGGAUUCGAAACGUCCAGCGUAGCCAUUUCGUUCAUGUUAUAUGAAUUGGCAAAGAAUGAUGCUAUACAAUCACGACUGAGGGAAGAGCUUUCGAAGGCAACCAGCGAGGACGGAACGAUAUCAUAUGAUAUUCUACUGGAGCUUCCCUAUCUGGAUCAAGUUAUCAACGAAAGUCUACGCCUUUGGCCACCGGUAGGAUUCAUUUCCAAAAAAUGUACCGAACCGAUGGAACUGGAUUUGACUGAAAACCGGAAGGUUGCCAUUGAAAAAGAUGUCUGCGCAUACAUCAACAUCUGGUCCAUGCAUCGUGAUCCAGAAUACUUCAAUGACCCUCUGACGUUCAAUCCGGAUAGAUUCAGUCCAGAAAACGGUGGAACAAGUUCCUACCGUGAAAAAGGUUGCUUCAUUCCAUUUGGCGAUGGUCCACGACAGUGUCUAGGGAUGAGAUUUGCUCGUAUGCAAAUCAAACGUUGCCUGUACGAGGUGAUCAAACAUUUCGAAAUCACAGUCAAUCCCAAAACGAAAGAUCCCAUGGAGCUGGAUCCGAAACAGUUCCUUACUGUGGCUCUUGGAGGACUUUGGUUGGAUUUUGAACCGAUUUCGAAAUGA